GUCAUACACAACCAUCACUGUACUGACCCAAAUUCAUCUGACACAUGGAGAAUAUAGAAGACGAUGUCUUUAAGCCAGAUCCUGUGAUCGUGGACUGUGACGUCCUAGAGGCUGCUAAAGAAAAUAUUCAGCCACUUGCAUCUGGUCGUCGAGUUACCACUCUUUCAGCUAUCCUGCAAACUCCUCACGCACAGCGGGAUGCGCAACUACUCGCAGCGCGUAAGCGCUUUCGUACGAAUGUCCAAAUUGCACUCGAAGAUGAAGAUGAUGAUCCACUGGAAGCAUACUCGCGUUUUAUUCAAUGGACUCUCGAAAAUUACCCUCAAGGACAAAGCGCAGAGUCAGGACUUUUGGAGCUUCUGGAAGAGGCGACAAGGGUAUUAAAGGACAACCGAAAUGGUCGAUGGAAAGGGACGUCGACAUACCUCAAACUUUGGGUACUUUACGCGAGCUAUGUGGAGAAACCGACCAUCAUCUACAAAUUUUUACUCGCAAAUGAUAUUGGAACCGAUCACGCCCUACUGUAUGAGGAAUACGCCGCCGCACUUGAGAGAGCCGGACGGCGCAGUGAGGCGGAUGCUGCAUAUCUACUUGGAAUUGCACGUCAGGCUUCUCCCCUUGACAGACUUGUAGCCAAGCACAGUGAAUUUCAGAGACGAAUGAUGACUGCAGCCACAAUACCUCCGCAGCUCGCCUCAAAUGCUCCCCCGCGUAGAACAGCGUUGGGUGUGACUUCCUCAUCUUCCGUUGCAGUACCUUUAUUCCCGUCUAUUUCUCAAGUUCCUUCGUUGUCAUCGCGAGCCGACACCAAUGGGCCCCGACGUGGGCCACGGCUAGGCACAAACGCUCCUCUCCAGAUUUUCGUGGACCCUUCCGGAGCAGAAUCAACCGACGCCACCGAUUCGGUCACACCUUAUCCUGACAUCGGAACACGUAAAUCCCGGGUUAAAGAAAAUACACCCGAGGUCAGCAAAGCGGCAGGCAGCACCCUAAAGCAAGCUGGUCGCACUCGACGAAUUGCGUCUGGGUCGAAUUCGGAGGCAAUUGUACCAAAAAUUGUGCCUUUCAAAGACCCUGAACCGGACACGGACGUGAAAGGGAAGUCUGCGAUGGCCCCACUUCGCGUUCCCAUAUCCAGGCAGAAGGAUGCCAUACCGGAGACUCCCGCAAAGACUAGUUCCAUCAUACCAUUUCAUGAUACCCCCGAAGUUGGCGGCAUCCCGUCCACUCCUCGAUUCACACCCUUUCGAGAUGAGCCUGAAAUAGACACGUCGGCUGCAACGCUUGCACCUGAGACGGUGAUGAAGCUAAAAACCGUUGGGGGGCCUGUGAAUGGAUCUGAAGCAGAAGCAUUGAGGAAAGAUCCUCUGAAGAACUAUUCUAUUGAAGAAUGUCCACACGAUGACUGAGUGAUCUUCCCCCUGCUCGAUCUCUCUUUUCCUCUAAGCUAUUGUCGGCUAUGCUACAUUAUUAUCUACAUUCACGUUCCCCUCCUGCUUUAACGUCUUGUGGUGGUCUUGGGUUUCGUCCUCGGUUUUGUAAAAAUACUCUUAGCAGAUCAUGACCAUCUGUAGAACAAAGAUUGUUAACCUCUACCCCUGACCUAGGCUACACCAGGGUGGCUGGAGCCCGUCAACUGACCCGUUGCUGGUUUCCUAAUAUAUCUUUCCCCUGACACGAUUGUGU